AUGGAUAAAUCCGAGAAACUCCAAGUUAUCGAGCCCUUGGAAACCCAAGAUUUUCUUGAGAUCGCGUUAGUGGAAAGAAAGAAAGAAAGAAAGAUCAAAAAAGGGGGUUCAAGCUUUGCAAGUGGGUGUGAUUUGGGAAAUAUGUUAUCGACGAUGGAGCACCGGGCCAAUUACGAAGUUUGUAACUUUGCGGGGUGUUUGGACCGACGGGAAUGGCAAUCAAUGGCACUAGAAAUCCCCUACCCCACAAAUAAUUUCUUAAGCCCCGGAGAAAUUAAUUCAAAGGCGGUUUCCAAGGUUCUGGGCCCAUUCUCGGUGAUUUCUAACGUCUCCCAGAAAUCACACCCUGGGAAACAUUGGAGGUGUUUGGGUUCGAUAUUGUUACUGAUCAAGUACAUUUUGUGCCAAUGUGACUAG